ACGUGACCAUAUGUAACAGAAGAAACUCCCACACUACCUCAGAGAGGCAGCAAGGGAGAGAGGAAGGAGCAGCGCGUAGGUUAUCCAGUUCCUUGCGCAGCUUUAAACUCUUGAGCCGGCCACAAUCAUCAUGUCGUCACCCCAGUACAUUGAGUACGGCGGGUUUCUCCUGCCAUCUGAGGCGCACAGCGCGGAGAGCUUGGAGUACGCGCAAAACUUCUCUGUGGAAGACACCGACGUGUUUGCUGUGACUUACCCCAAGUCAGGUACAAUCUGGAUGCAGGAGAUCCUCCCACUGUUGCUGAAUGGAGGCGAUCUGACACCGAUCCAAACCAUUCCCAACUGGGACAGGGUCCCCUGGCUGGAGGAGAAAAGACUGGCAGAGGUGGUGGACCAGUUGCCAUCUCCACGGGCAAUGGUCACACAUUUUCCUUACCACCUCAUGCCCGCCUCCUUCCACACCUCCAAAGCAAAGGUAAUCUAUGUCAUGAGGAACCCUAAGGACAUCCUGGUGUCUUCAUUCUACUUCCAUCAGAUGGCUGAAUUCCUUGAGGAUCCAGGAACCUUUGAUGAAUUCAUAGAGAAAUUCCUAGAGGGCAAAGUGCUGUUUGGAAAAUGGACAGACCAUGUGAAGGGCUGGAAAGACACAGACCUGGGAGACAGAAUAAUGUACAUCACAUAUGAAGAAAUGGUUCAGGACCUGCCUGGAGCUCUCAAGCACAUGUCUGAUUUCCUGGGCUGUAAUCUGAGUGACGAAAACAUUCAGAAGAUAGCAGAACAUUGCUCCUUCAAGACCAUGAAGACCAACACCAUGUCCAACUUCAGCCUGGUCCCUAAGGUGUACAUGGACUCAGACAAAUCUCCGUUCCUCAGGAAAGGCAUUGCAGGAGACUGGAAAAACCAUUUCAGCUCAGAGCAACUGGCCAGAUUUACAUCGGUCAUUCGCAAAGAGCUGGGGAAGGAGAGCUCCUCUCUGCCAUGGAGCCUGGAUUGACCAUCGGUCAGAGCAAAGACAGAGAGGGAAAGAGCUGUAGAAAUAAAAUCAAGGCAAGUAGGAAGCUGGUGCUAACUGGGCCAAAAUUUUUAGCUAUUUUUGGUUUUAAUAUUUGGUAUAUAACUAAGCACAUUUUAUUGAUUUAAAAAUAAAUACAUAACAAAGAACCUCUUUAAAGUUGGUUGGAUAAAUAUGUUGUUACCUGAUCCGUCCUGAAUGGAAAUGCAGCAUCUACAACAGUACACCCUCUGCAGUGAACACAUUUUUGCUAUUAUGUGUUAAACUCGCAACAAUUUUAUGGAUCUUAUUGCAACUUUAUGGUCCAGUACAUGACAUAUUAAGUUGGUUUUUUGACCCUGAACAUCAUUAAAGCAAUGACGCAACACUUAUGCAAAUUUGCUGGCUUCUCGCUAGCUCGCAUAAUACCCCUACAUAAUGCUAUAUUGAACAGAAAAUAUGUUUUUGUGCUAAUUACUGCAUGAUUGAUCUUGUGUGCAGUUUAAAAUGUUUGUCUCUACUACUUAGUGUCAAACCACUAAUAUGUAAUUACUGUGGAACAAAUGUACAAAUGUUUUUAGGCAUUUACUUCAAGUCUUCAGUUUUCAUAGGGAGGUAUUGCCUAAAUCUCCAGUGAAUGCUUAAUUUCUCUGUAACGGCGGCAGUAGCUCAGUCCAUAGGGACCUGGGUUGGGAACCGGAGGGUCGCCUGUUCGAGUCCCCGUCCGGACCAAAAUAUGGAGAGUGAACUGGUGGCUGGAGAGGUGCCAGUUCAC